GACACUGACCCAUAUGUCUCUCAAUCUACUUCUUUUCCACACGUACACCAUACCGUUUGUUUGGUUUUGAACGCUCAUUCGAAUAUACCACCCGAUUCUUCGUAAGGCGGUCAUCCAUCGAGCUGUAUCCUCCGACUGUAUCCCUUUGCCCCAAUCUUUCGUUGAACACUACAACCUACAUACUCUACUCAUUCGUACAUGACGCUGGAGGUGACCAUGGCCCCCGCCACCUCUGAAAGACCAACAACGGCCCAAGUCUAUGCCAACCUCCAUGGCCUCAAACUGCACUUUCCCAGUCUCCAGUCAAUUCUCUCCUCCUUUCCCACGGAGCUCAGCCCGCACUAUGGCCGACUUUGUGAGAUUGUGGAGAAAAACAUUGAUGACAGGAUCGAGGAACCGGACAUAAGGGCGAAAGCGAAGAAGAUCAACAUUGCUCUGCUCUGCGCAUAUUGGUGGCCCCGUUCUUCACUUGAGCGGUUGGUGACGAUGAGCUGGUUUGUCUUCUGGAUCUUCGUAUGGGAUGAUGAAGCCGAGGAGUCAUCAACUCAGGACCUGGACUUGGACUCGAAGACCACUUUAAGUGAAAGGGCAUUGAGAUACGUUGCCUUUCACUUGGGUCUUGAUCCUCCAUCCCCCCCACCUUCAGGCAACAUUGCAUGUGUUCUUCCUUCUUCUCCGCCGACCAGCCGCCGCCACCACCAUCAAUCAGAGGACUCCUCCGACCCCGAUUCCCUCUUUCUCUCGUCCUCGUCGUCGAAGGAGCCGCCCCCGCCGACAAAGUACUCGGUCCUCUUCAAACCUGCGGCCGAGGGCUUCAAACAAGGCUGCACUCUCACUGAGCGAACAAGACUCUAUUCGGAGAUCCAACUGUACCUGCACUCGUCCGCGCUGGAAGUAGCCACCUACGCGGGCGGCAACGGCACAGUUCCUACCGAGAAAGAGUACUGGGUUUAUAGGCGCGGCACGAAUGGGAUCGGAUUCUUCUCUUGUUUGGGGGAGUUCAUGACCGAGAUCACGAUUCCUCAAUAUCUGUUUCAAACAGAAGAGAUGAAGACGCUGUGGGAGGAGUUGGCCAAGAAUGUUGUCAUUGUAAACGACGUCCUUUCCCUGCCAAAAGAGAUGAAGGUCAACUGGCCUGGGCUUGUGGCUAUUGACCUCACCUACCGCACAUCUGGUCAUAAUCUGGAUAAGGCUAUCAAUCUCCUCGUUGAAGAUUUGCGUCAAGUCAGUAACAAGAUGGAAGCAGCUGGCGCGAGACUUCGGGAGAUGGUCGCUCAAGAUCCCGACCCUAUGGUGAGGAAGCAUGUUGAGAAGUACCUGCACUCGGUGUAUACGAUCAUGACUGGGCAUUACGAGUGGACGUUAGGAACCGAGCGGUAUGGUCUUGCGAAAAAAGGGUGGUUGAAGAGUGAUAAGAGUGUUGCUAUUCCUUUGUAAACACCAUUAGGUAGAGGUAUCUGCUACCUUGCUCGGGUAGGAAACUCACGCACCUCUAUUCAACGAAAGACAGCGUUUGAAUUGCCGACGACGGCACAAGACUCAAUCAAGAUGUAGAUGCCGCAGGCUAUCAGGAAGGACAGAUUUUGUAUCAACCUGGGUUCCCACCGAACUCCAAUGACAGACAUAGGUAGGUAUGUAUAUAAUACAGAUAAUAAUAUUAUGUAUGUGUUUGGUGACGCCGGAUCCAGGAAGUAAUAAUGAAUUGACCAUUACAAGCUUCGAUUUCUCCCAACUUCAGAAUGGCAUGGAUCCCUUUACCAAAUCCUCUUGGCAAUCAUCUCAUACCUCAUCACUGUUCCCAAAUCCUUUUCUGGUUUCCCACCACCCCCUCC